AGCCUCUCUACAAUCAGUAGAAAAAGCAUGAGGGUCAAGCACCUGCUUCAUUCCUUCCCCAACCCAACCAUGGCUAAUGCACGCCUAAAUUUGGCUGCACAUCUCGAGUCUCUUCAUCCACCAGAUAUCCGACCGUCUCUUCGCAAAGAGGUGAUUCCAGCGCUGGUCAAAGCAAUCCAUGAGGUUGCGGAGGCCCUCCGGGAGUCUGAUACAGUCUCCCAGGUGGGAACUGCGAACGCAUUCGGAGACGAUCAAUUGAACGUCGAUGUUCUUGCUGAGAAGAUCAUCCGGACAACAAUCGCGAAAUGCUCUUCCAUACGUACAGCGAGCAGCGAAGAAGACCCCGAGGAACGACCAGCAAGGCUCGCAGACGAAGGCAUCUGCCAGCCUGGUACGGAGCAGUACACUGUAGCAUUUGACCCGCUAGAUGGAAGCUCAAUCAUUGCCCCGAAUUGGACUGUGGGUACCAUCAUAGGCAUUUGGGAUGGCACAACCGCGCUACACGAAAAGCCGAAGGACAAGCUCGUGGCAGCUAUCCUCGGCUUGCAGGGCCCAAGGACUACAGCUAUUAUUGCAUUGCGCAUCCCCGGCACUGCUGCUAAUUGCUUCGAGGUUGCUGUCAACGGACAGCGUAUCACCGUCAUCCGCCCGCGGGUCCAGUUCCAAAGCGAGCCCUUCAAGACUCGUUACUUCUCGCCCGCCAACCUACGCGCUGCUGCCGAAGAUGAGAAAUACCUGAAUCUUGUUUCGGAAUACAUUAAGAACAAGUACACUCUGCGAUACAGUGGAGGAUUGGUCCCAGAUGUAGUCCAUGCCUUGGUGAAAGGGCAUGGCGUGUACAUCUCGCCAGUCAAUGCUGUCAGCGACGCAAAGCUGCGCCGCCUUUACGAAUUGACGCCCAUCGCACUCAUUGUUGAGUGUGCGGGAGGGCUUGCCAUCGACCCACAAGAUGGCGAAGACAUCCUAGGGAGGGCCAUUGAUAAUUGCGAUGAAAGAGGAGGGUUAGUCUGCGGAACUGCGGCGGAGGUGGAAAAUGUGCGCAAGGCACUUCUGUAAACAUAUACGAGUACAUCCGCAGGCAACCUCGGCCGGUCUAUCAUGCUUCUGCACUACCCCUCUUCUAGUGGCAAUGCAAUACCA